AUGGCUGAAGAUGCCGAUGCCGGAUUGAAUGGAAAACUGAAUUUUUCUCUACAUGGCCUACACGCCCAUCACUUUUCUAUGAACUCUCUCACGGGAACAGUGUUCAUUACAGAUUCUGUAAAAAGAGGAAUUGACAUCACAGUUGAUGUUCAUGUGCAAGAUGGAGCAGAUGUUCCAAAAAUCGACACAACAACCCUCACUGUCAGAUUUCAGAAUAACUCAGACUUUCCUCAUAUCACAGUUCAAGUAUACAAGGACUUUCUCUCAGAGGAUGAACCAGCUGGGACUCUUGUGGCUAUCUUGACUGCAGAAACUUUGAGGAACGCACCUGUGUUCUUUUAUCUGUCCUCUGGAAACAUUGGUGAUGUAUUUCAGCUUCACCACAGCAGCGGUGAACUGAUUGUGAGGGACCCUUUGGAUUUUGAGACCACUGUUUAUUUUCAUCUGAUAGUUGAAGCACGAGACUCUGGAAUGCCACCUUAUUCAUCCUAUACGGAAAUACAUUUAAACAUCAGUGAUGUGAAUGAUAACCCACCUGUCUUUUCACACAAGAUCUACCGAUGUGAAGUGAGUGAGAACUUGGCAGCACGCCGGGUGUGUGACAUGUCAGCAACCGAUGCUGACUCUGGAGCUUUCGGAGAGGUGAAGUACUUUCUUUUGGCUGGUAACUUUGAGGGCACAUUUAAAAUAGACAUAAAUCACGGGACUCUCACAACGACAAAGCGUUUGGAUAGAGAGAAGAUAUCACAUUAUAGUCUCACAGUCAAAGCUGUUGAUAAAGACAAAAACAGUUUAUCUGCCACUGCGACGAUUGUUGUCACAGUUCUCGACGUGAACGAUCACGCGCCUCGAUUCUCACAGAUUUUUAUCACGGAAGUUUCUGAGGAUGCUCCCGUUGGCUUUUCGAUCAUCCGAAUAACGGCAACAGAUGAUGAUGUUGUACGAUACAAUUAUUUCCCACCUUCAUUUGUACCCAUCAGGCCAUUGGUCCCCAUUCUGUGGAACCUGGAGGUGGGAACUGAGGUGAUUCAGUUAUCCGCAGUAGAUCAAGACUCUCUUGAAAAGAACGACAGUGUUGAGUACUUCAAUAGUGGUGGGAAUGGAUCUGUUUAUUUUCAGGUACAGCAUGAAAGCGGGAGAGUUCUGGUGAAUCAGACUUUAAUAAAUAAUCUGGACACCAUCCUAACUCUUCAAGUCACUGCUAAAGAUAAAGGCUACCCUCCUCUUUCCACCCAGACUGAAGUCUGCUUCACAGUCACAGGAGAGAAUCUCUUCCCACCGUAUUUCCCUGACAGUAAAGUCACAUUUUUUGUUCCUGAAGAUUUGCCCACGGGUUCAAUCAUUGGAAAGAUUCAAGCCAAAGAUAAAGAUACCGGCAUCAAUGGUCUCAUUUCCUACUUUUUGAACAGUGGGAAUGAAAAUGGACUGUUGUCCAUUGAACGCUCUUCAGGGUUGAUCAUGCUGGUCAAAGCCCUUGACUUUGAGAAAUCAGAAACCCAUAAUCUAAAUGUCAUUGCCAAGGAUGGAGGCUGGCAUCCUAAAAUGGAUCAACUCAACAUCACAGUAUAUGUUACUGAUUUAAAUGAUAACCCUCCUGUUUUUGCAUCUGCAGAAUACAUUGUCUCUGUUUUAGAGAAUGUUGUAGUUGGAAGUCCGGUUGUGCAGGUUUGGGCCACUGAUGCAGAUUCUGGAAUACACGGAGAAACCACAUAUUCGCUCAUCGCAGGAGACAUCAGUUUCUUUUACUUGGAGACAAAAAAUGGCACUAUAACCACUUCUGAGGUUUUUGACUUUGAGCAACAUCAGCAUUUUGAAAUUACAGUCAAGGCUACCAACCAAGGCUAUCCAUAUUUGUAUGAUAUAGCGCACGUUCGCAUAGAGGUCACCGGCAUUAAUGAAUUCAUCCCUGCUUUUCAAAAUCAUGUCUACAACUUCUCUGUUUCUGAGGCGUUGCCUGUACAGACGGAAAUAGGUAGAGUAGUUACCGUAGACUACGACUUGGGGCCUGAUGGGGAUGUGUUUUAUGUACUUGCAGGUCAAAGUAAAAAAGCCUGCUUUGGGGUUGUUGAGUAUACAGGAACGAUAUACGUCUCCAGAGACUUGAAAAACCGAGGUCAAAGUUAUGAUGUCCUCCAUGUGUUGGCAAAAAAUAGAGGAAGUAUUACUGGAUUUAAUAUUGAUGAAGCUUUGAUACAUGUACAAAUAUUAGAUGAAAACGACCCACCUGAGUUUGAUUUAAUGGUCUACAUGGUAACAGUGCCAGAAGACGUCUCCGUUGGGACCUCCAUCACCAAAGUAAAAGCAGUGGACCGUGAUGUGGUACCAGAAUGGAGCAGGUUCUCGUACAGCAUAGAACAUGGGAAUAUAAAUAGUUCUUUCAUUAUAGAUCCUGUUAAUGGGGUCAUCUCAGUUCACAAUCACUUGGAUAGAGAAUUUUGGCCUUUCUAUAACCUCUCAGUGGUUGCUAUUGAUGAAGGCUCACCUGCCGUAACAGGAACCACCAAAGUAAGUAUUACCAUCACUGACGUCAAUGAUAACCCACCCAAACUCUCCAUCACAGAGGGCUUUAUUAGGGAAAACCAACCUCCUGGAACUAAGGUGUCCACUUUAACAGCAACCGACGAAGAUCUUCCUCCAAAUCAAGGUCCGUUCACCUACUGGCUGAUGAGACCUGAAAACAGUUUUUCUCUCAGAUCUGAUGGGGUUCUUUUUUCAUCAAGGCCUCUUGAUCGGGAACUCAACCCUUCCUUUCAUCUGCACGUCGUGGUUCAAGAUGCUGGCAAACCAUCGUUGUCAUCCACUGCUGUGUUUCACAUUAAAAUCCUGGAUGAGAAUGACAAUGCACCAUCGCAGAGGAACAUCAAUAUUUUAGUGAAGUAUUACGGAAGCUCCUUCCCCGGAGGUCUAAUCGGAAAUGUACGACCGAACGAUGAGGAUGUACUGGAUGUGUUCAACUGCUCUAUUAGAAAUGGGCCACUCCGCAUGUUUAGUUUCCCAUUCGGAAUGUGUAAUUUAUGGUCCUCGCCGUAUCAAGGGGAGGCGACGUAUAAUAUAUCCAUCGAGGCGAGCGAUCAGCUCCACCCUUCUGUCAACAACAGCAUCUUCGUCAAUUACAAAGGUUUCACUAACGUCUCUUUAGACAACUGUGUGUUGUUCUACAUUUCUAUAUCUACACUUGAGGAAUUCCUGUCUUUGAAGUAUUUAAAAUUUGUGAAAGCACUGGAUAGCUUGUUUAAUCUCCAAGCUUCCAAAACGCAUGUGUUCGGGAUAAAGUCACAAGGAGAUAAAAUGCUGCUUCUGGCUGCCGUAAAAAGUUACAACGGACUGUACGUAACCGCAGAUGUGGCAAGUGGAAUAUCAAACACGCAUAAGAAGUUACUGGAAGGACAAAGCAAUGUUACUAUAUCACAGAUAACCAGCGACCCCUGUACGCUUUUUCCCUGCCAAAAUGGAGCCACAUGCAAUAGAAACAUUCACAUCAGCCAAGACGUUGCUGUCUUGGAAAGUUCUAGUCUCAUAUUCGUGUCUCCGUAUUUUGAGAUCUUCAACUGUUCCUGCAGAACGGGUUUCAUGGGAGAGGCAUGUGAGCUGGACUUGGAUGAAUGUGAGAAGAAACCUUGUGAAAAUGGAGGAACCUGUUAUAACAAUCCAGGGACAUAUUUUUGCGAGUGCAAAGAUGGAUUCUCAGGGCCGCACUGUACUACUGUCGACAAUGAGUGUCAAACUGUGACGUGUCUAAAUGGUGGAACAUGUUGGAACAAACAUGGAGGGUUCAUCUGUGACUGCAGUCCAGGGUAUGAAGGACGGUUUUGUGAUCGUGUUGUGGACCACUGUGCUUCCUCUCCUUGUGUUCAUGGUUACUGCUCCAGUUUUUUAACUGGGUAUUCUUGUCAGUGUCCAUUUGGUGUGAGCGGAGUCAAUUGUGAAGAACACAGUUAUGGCUUUCAAGAGCUUUCUUAUAUUGAAUUUCCUCCAUUAGAUCCCCAUUAUAACUUAAUCUCUUUGGAAUUUGCAACCAUUCAGCAAAAUUCUUUACUUUUGUACAACCACGGUGACCCAUCAACCUCAGAGUUCUUGGCACUUGAAACUGUAGAUGGGAGACUGUGGUUCUCUUAUGAUCUUGGAUCUGGUGUGGUAAGAUUGGUCACAGGGAAAUCAGUGACUGAUGGAAGUUUCCACAAUAUCACUGUUAAAAGAACUGGAAACAUAGCUUCUGUAGAAAUAGAUAUCUGCUCUACCAGUGAACCGCAAGGCUUUUGUUUCUUACAAAAUGAUGGGCAUAAAGCAACUCAAAGGACCUUGGAAGUGACCACUAAUCUGACGUUUGGUGGAAUAAAGUCCAUUGAUGUCAUUUUGCAGGGGCAAAUCAGGACUCAUGACUUUGUUGGAUGUAUGAGAAACAUACAAGUGAACAACAUUGGUUCAGAUGCCUUCAAGUCUCUGACAUCCCACAAAGUACUUGAUCGAUGUCCUCGAUCAGAUGUUCCUCCCUGUCAGACGGCAAAGUGUUUGAAUGCAGGAGUGUGUGAAGACCAAUGGUUUCAUCAUCAGUGCCAGUGUAGAGAUCAUUUCACAGGACCUAAUUGUGCCAUGAAUUUGGCUGAGCAGCAUGUAUUAUUUCUCAACGGGGAAUCACACGUUGAAUUUUCUGUCAAAGAAAGCUACAGGAGAAACCAGCUCCUGCAAGCAGUUCUAGAUGGGAAGGAUGGAGACUCUCAGGGGGUUUGACAGCAUUGAGGUCAAGAUGAGGACCUUGAGAAAAAAUGGUGUCUUGGUUGUGUGCUGGGGUCCAACAGCACAUUUAAAUCUUAAAAUUUUAGAUGGAAAGCCUCUGUGUGGGUUUACAAACAUCACAUCCGGUCAGCAGCUGGAGGUGUUUUUAGAUGGGGAUGUGUCAGAUGGACAGUGGCAUGUUCUUCAACUGCGCAGAAGGGGGGCGUAUGUCACUCUGUCGUUGGAUGAUCAACCUGUGGUGAACAACACCAACAUUACUGUAACUCACUCUGCACUCUUAGUAGACACCAUAUUUCUAGGAACAGCUUCGCUAACAGAAACCAGAGAUCAGAACUUUGUUUUUAGCGGCUGUGUGGACUACAUUAAAUUCAACGGCCAUGUCCUACCUUUUAACAGCUAUAGUGAGAUAGCCGAGGCCAAAUCCAGCCCCUUUGACCUCCAAAACGUAUGCAUUUCUCCAGACAACUGUGUUCUCAUUUCAUGCCUUCAAAAUUCUUGUCCCUCAGUUCCCUGCUUAAGUAAUAAAGACUGUGGAUCUCCUUCUAAAGAUGACUUCUGGUGCAUUUGUUUACGCAACAUGUCUGGUUCUUCAUGUGCACCCUGCUCAUCGUAUACAAUGGCGAGCCAAGCCUGUUCUCAAUCCCAAAAGAGCGCCCCUUAUGGAUUGUUGCAGUUGUUCUUCCAAUUGCACUCGUUCUGCUGCUCCUUGUUCUGUGCAUUGUAAUCAAAAGACAAGGCAAACUCUGCAAUGACCAAAAGGCAAGUCAUGCCUUCCUCGUGCCACCUGCCAAACAGCAUGGCACAGAUAACCUGGCAUUUAAUGGUGUUGAUGAAAUUCCUCAGAACAUCUGGAAUGAUGGCUGCCAUCAGCCGGAUUUGAUAAGGCCGAAGGACAGGACACGUGGAUUGGAAAGUUACAGUAAUGGUGGGCCGCCUUGCCCUAUCUCAAGUUUUGGUGGAAGUGAACUGGAGUAUUAUGAGAUUGACAGCACUUAUACAGUCUAUAGCUCAGAUGUUAUUACACAAACACAUGACAAAUCUAUCAAUCCUGAGAGACUGAAUGGAAAUCAACAAAUCUCUGCAUGCAGCACAAAUCAGGUGCAUCCUUCCCCUAAACUUCGGAGAGAUUUUCACCACUGGGAACGUCAAUCUCAUACCUUCUUUAGGCCAAACCUGCCCCCUGAUGUGACCGGGCCUCCACAACAUCUCUCAAAAGACGAGCUUGAGAAACUGAAUGCGAAGUGGGAACUUAAGGGUGAUUUUCUAGUAAAGCCUUGCAGGGCUGUCUGGUCAGGAGGAUGUAUGGAGACUUCAUCUGAGAGUGAAAGUCACUACUCAUUUACAGGCUCUGAAUUUGAUUAUUGUGAGAGAGAACUUUCCC